UUUCAAUUUUUGUUUUCUUUUUAAAUAUUAAACAACAAAUACAUUUUUAUUUUUAGACACGAACAUUUGAACAAUUACAUCAAUUACAAUUACAAACUUUUGAAAAAACAAUACGUGAUUGUCAAAUUGAAAAUGAACGUUUAUGUGAACAUAUUAAUGAUUUAACAAAAGAAUUAAAUGGAAAAGCUUCUGUUAAUGCAAUUAAUCAAGAAAAAAUUUUGGCAUUUGAUCGUAUUGUUGCUGAUACACAACUUUGGCGACAAAAACUUGAUACAUAUAAAGCAACUAUUGAACAACGAGAAGAAACUAUUGUUAACCUUAAAAAAGAAAUUGAUGAGUCACAUAGAAAAAAGCAAACAAAUAGUCAUUUUGAAGAUGAUUCAUUACGAUUGCAAAUUACAAGUCUUCAAAAUACUUUACGAGAUCGUGAUAAUGAAAUAAAACAAUUAAAACUAACACUUCGUCGUGUUCGUGAUACAUUACAAUCUAAUCAUUUAUCUCAUGAAAAUCGUUGGAAAAGUUGUGAUGAAGAUAUUGGACGAAUUCGAUCUCCAACAAAAUCAUUUCAAAACAAACGAACUAUUUCUCCAUCUAUACAUGAUUCAUCUUCUCCAUUAGAUAUAGAAUUUUUAAAAACAAAAUUUCAUACAUUAACUGAUCGUUUAAAUAAUGUUCAACAAUUACUUGUUAAACGUGAUAAUCAAAUAAUUACAUUAAAAAAAGUUCAUGAUAAACGUUGGUUACGUCUUAAAUAUUUACAAAAACAAUAUCGUUUACUUAAAAAUGAAUUACAAUCUUAUACUGAUGAUGAAAUUUUACAAACAAAUUCAAAAAAUGAUUUUUUCUAUAGAAAAGCAAUACAUAAAACAAAAAAUGGUUGUUCCGUAUGUAAUGAUCAUCGAUGGAAAAAACAAACAGGAAAUAAUAGAAAAUUACUUAAACAAGAAGAUGAUGAUAAUGUCUGGAAUGAAGUUACAAAAUUAAGACGUGAAAAUGCGAAAUUAACUAAUGAAAAUUUAAGUUUACAAGAAAAAAUUGAUUUACAAGAAGUUGAAAUAAAUGAACAAAUAAAUAUUAUUGAUGAACUUCAUAAUGAAAUACGACGAAUUAAUGAUAAAGAUGAACAAAUUCAAUCAACACAUAUAACCACAUCAAAUAAUGAACAAGAACAUCUUAUUGAAGAACUUGAUAAAAAAAUAUAUGAACUUGAAACAGAACGAACAUGUUUAAUAUUUGAAAAUGAACGUUUAAAAACAAAUUAUGAUUUAUGUAAUGAUGAAAAACAACAUUUAAUUCAACAAAAAAUACAAAUAAAUAAUGAAUUAAAACAACUUAAACUUCGAAUACUUUCAUUACAAGAUCAAAUAUAUAAAUUAAAACGAACUAAUCAAACAGAUAAUAACACAGAUUUAAUAUCAAAACCACUAUUAACAAUAAAAAGACGAACAAUAAAAAAGAAACCAAAAAAAUCAACAACAACAAAAUCAUGUUUAGAAUUAUUACUUGAUCAAAAUUCAACAUUAAUUGAUGAUCUUCAAAAUGAAUCAUUAGUAUCUAAUAGACGACAAGAUCAUUCAUGUAGUCUUUGUGAUCAUCAAAGUGAAAAUUCAUUUAGACAACGUAAAAGACGAUCAUCAAUAUCAUUAAUAUUACCAAGACCAAGAUGUGGACCAUUCAAAAGAAAUUCUACGACUAAAAAUCGUCUAACUACUCCAUUGAAAUAUUUCAACAUUACUCGAAAACAAAGUACUCCUUUAUCAAUACAGAAAACUCCUCCAAUUCGAAUUUCAACAUUACGUAAACGUAUUGAACAAUUAGAAAAUGAUCUUGCUGAUUCUCGAAAAGAAAAUGAACAUCUUAAUCAACGUUUAAUGACAACAUUAAGUCGAAUUAAUAUUCUUAAAACAACAAAUCAAAAACUUAUUAUUGAAUGUGAUAAAUUUAAAAAUAAUCAUCUCAAUCAAUCAAAAUUUCACAAUUAUGAUUCAACAAAUAUUGAUCAUAGUAUCAAUACGGAUAAUUUAUAUGAACGUCUUAAAAAUACUUCAUUUGAUGCUGCUCAACAACGUAAAUUAAAUAAAACAUUACAAAUAGAUAAUGAACUAUUAAAUAAAAAUUUACAAUCAUUAACUGAAAAAUUAACACAUACAGAACGUGAUAUCGUUGGUAAACGAUUAUUAAUUGAAAAUUAUAAAACAAGAUUAAAUGAAAUGGAAACAAGUCUUAAUCGUUCAAAUGAUAAAAAUAUUAAUGAAAAUGAUGAGGAACGAGUUAAAUCUUUAACUGGAACAAUAGAAAAAUUACGAAUAACUAUUGAUUCAUAUAAAAAUCGUUUACAAGCAGUUACUCGAGAAAAACAUGAUCUUGAUUCACGAUAUACUCAACUUGUUGAUGAACAUCAAAAAUUAAAAAUUCGUUUUGAAGAUAUUCAAACAAAAUUUCGUUUAAAUGAUCAACAACUUCGACAAAUACGUCUUAAUAAUGAACAAUUAAAUCAAGAAUUAUUAACAUCUCGUCAACAAUCGGAACAACAAUUAUUAACAUUAAAUACUAAAAGUCAAGAUUCAUUAAAAAAAAUAACACUCGAAUUAGAUCGAACACUUCAAUGUUUAAAUGAAUAUGAAAGAUUUAUAAAUGAUCUUCUUCAUGAAAUGAUUCGACGAAGUGUACAAAUGAAUGAGAAACUAAAACAUACACGUGAACAUCAAAAACAACGUGAAUCAUUAUCAAUGACAUUCCCUGGUUAUGAUACAGCUAUGAGUACAGCAAGUAAAAUAUUAAAUUUAACACAAGAUGAUCUCGAUGAAAUUAUGUCCAUAGCAGAUGAAAGUUUUCAAGCAAAUAUAAAAGAUGACAGUAUUGAUAAAAAUGAAAAAAUACGACAAAAAGUAUCGAAAUUACUUGUUACACGAGAAGAAUGUGCGAGUAAACUUUUGAAAAUAUUCAGCAAAAAAUUAGAUGAAAUACAAACAAUUGAUCGUGAAUUAGCUACAAUUCGAAAUAUAUAA